CCCCCGCCCCCCCAAUUAUUUUAGCGCGCUCUAUUACUCCGGAGCUACCGAAAGAUCCAAACACAAAACCACCAACCCAAAACCAAACAAGGCCUCCUCUAGAUCUCCGAAUAAACCAAUUGCUGCUCCCUUUUCUUGGUACUUUCCUCGUUCAUCUUUGAUCAGUCGACCACAAGGAGAAGAAGAGCUGGGAGAAUUGCAGUCUCUGUCACUCCACAACACCAUGUCAUGAUGUCCUAUGCGACUCUUUUGUCCCGGUCGUUUGAUUGAUUAAUCCAAGGGCAUCUCCAUCUCCAUGAGGAUGCCGAAGAGGUGAGGUGAGCUCUUGAUUUGCUAUUAAAGCUGUUCUCACCUCCCUCCACCUCCUUCUCAUGCAACAUGAGCAGCUGUUAAUCGCAUAGAAGGUCGAGCUGCCUCUUGAUUGCGGCUCAGAGAUUCUUCCCGGGUUUCUCUUUCUCUGAUCUUUUCUUGCACUUUUUGUCUGAUGUUUCUCAGCUUCUUAGUCAAGUAGAGUUCCUUCUUUGCAGCAGAUCCAGUAAAACCUCGUUACUCGCUGAAAAAAGAUUGGAUUUUACUUCAAAUAGCCAGCCUCUGAGUCGACCUUUUUUCACUCUGUCUAUCUGUCCUGUUCUUGUUCUUCUUUUACCCCUGAGCUGCACUCCACAGUCCACACCCCAUACGCAAGAACAACGUCAGUUUGCAGCAGAAGAAAAUGUUCUCCCUUGUCUUAAAAGCACAAAAAAUUCGUCCUCCCUCUCUUUCUCUCUCCAAUUGACUCUCUCCCCUCACUUCAUCGGUCAUAGUGGAAAGAAAGAAAAGCUACUCCAAGGUGGGGUGAGCAUAGUUAUACAGGUGGCUGCUUGUUGAAUCCAGCGUGUGCCCCUUCUCCCAAAAACAGUGCGAGUUUGUUGCUAUCCUGCAAGAAACACUGAAACAGUGUGCCAAAACAUCGGCUCUGCUCCUCGCUAAUUCUUGCGCCGAGACAUCCCCUCUUGCGCCAAUUCGAUACCAUUCUUGGAUUCCGCUGCAAGAACUGUGCUUCUUGUACCCAAAAGGCCAAACAUUUGAUCCGGAAAUCCACUCGGAUCCUUGCAAGAACCAGGCGGCCAUGGUGUCCCGCUCCUACUCCAACCUCCUGGAUCUGGCCACCGGCGCGGCGGACCAGGCGCCGGCGGCGACCGCGCUCGGUGCGCUCCGGCGGCGGCUCCCGCGCGUGGUGACCACUUCGGGGCUCAUCGACGACUCCCCGGCGUCGCCGUCCCCGCCGCCGCGCCCGCGCACCAUCGUGGUGGCCAACCAGCUACCCAUCCGGUCCCACCGUCCGGAGUCGCUGUCGGAGCCCUGGACCUUCUCCUGGGACGAGGACUCCCUCCUCCGCCACCUGCACCACACGUCCUCCCCCUCGAUGGAGUUCAUCUACAUCGGCUGCCUCCGUGACGACAUCCCGCCGGUCGACCAGGACGCCGUCGCGCAAGCGCUCCUGGAGACCCACAACUGCGUACCGGCCUUCUUGCCCCCGGAGAUCGCCGCGGACUACUACCACGGCUUCUGCAAACAGCACCUCUGGCCGCUCUUCCACUACAUGCUGCCGCUGUCCCCUGACCUCGGCGGCCGCUUCGACCGCGCGCUGUGGCAGGCCUACGUCUCCGCGAACAAGAUCUUUGCGGACAAGGUGCUCGAGGUGAUCAACCCGGACGACGAUUUCGUGUGGGUGCACGACUACCACCUCAUGGUGCUCCCAACCUUCCUGCGCAAGCGCUUCAACCGCAUCAAGCUCGGCUUCUUCCUGCACUCACCGUUUCCCUCGUCGGAGAUCUACAAGACGCUGCCCGUGCGCGAGGAGCUGCUGCGCGCCCUGCUCAACUCCGACCUCAUCGGCUUCCACACGUUCGACUACGCCCGCCACUUCCUCUCCUGCUCUGGCCGCAUGCUUGGCCUCUCGUACGAGUCCAAGCGGGGGCACAUUUGCCUCGAGUACUAUGGCCGGACGGUGAGCAUCAAGAUCUUACCGGUGGGGGUGCACAUGGAGCAGCUCAAGACGGUGCUCGCGUUGCCGGAGACGGAGGCCAAGGUGGCUGAGCUGAUGGAGAUGUACUCGGGGAAGGGGAGGGUUGUCAUGCUAGGCGUGGACGAUAUGGACAUCUUCAAGGGGAUCAGCCUUAAGCUGCUCGCCAUGGAGGAGCUACUGCGGCAGCACCCCGAGUGGCGGGGGAAGCUGGUGCUCGUGCAGGUCGCCAACCCGGCGCGAGGAAAGGGGAAGGACGUCGCCGAGGUGCAGGCCGAGACGCGCGCCAUGGUGCGGCGCAUCAACGAGGCGCAUGGUGCGCCAGGGUACGAGCCAGUGGUGCUGAUCGAUCAGCCAUUGCAGUUCUACGAGCGCGUCGCAUACUAUGUCAUUGCCGAGGUGUGUUUGGUGACUGCGGUCCGGGACGGCAUGAACUUAAUCCCCUACGAAUACAUCGUUUCCCGGCAGGGCAACGAGAAGCUGGACAUGAUGCUGCGGCAGGGGCAGCCAGAGGAGAAGAAGAGUAUGCUAGUGGUGUCCGAGUUCAUCGGAUGCUCACCGUCCCUAAGUGGCGCGGUCAGGGUGAACCCGUGGAACAUCGAGGCCGUCUCCGACGCCAUGGAAAGCGCCCUUGUGCUGCCUGAGAACGAGAAGAGGUUGCGCCACGAUAAGCACUACCGCUACGUGAGCACCCACGACGUCGGGUACUGGGCUAACAGCUUCCUGCAGGACCUUGAGAGGACCUGCAAGGAUCAUGCUCAGCGGCGAUGCUGGGGCAUCGGUUUCGGCUUGCGGUUUAGAGUGGUCUCGCUCGACCUGAGUUUUAGGAAGCUUGGCUUGGAGAACAUUCUUCUGGCAUACCGGAGGGCGAAGACGCGUGCAAUUCUGCUGGACUACGAUGGCACGCUGAUGCCACAGGCGAUUAAUAAGAGCCCGACCACCAAGUCGGUGGAGAUACUGAACAGCUUGUGCCGGGACAAGAACAAUGAGGUGUACCUUUGCAGCGGGUUUGACCGGCGCACGCUCCAUGAGUGGUUCCCUUGUGAGAACCUUGGCCUAGCAGCAGAGCAUGGCUACUUCCUGAGGAAUAAGAGGGAUGCAGAAUGGAAGACCUGUAUCACUGCUGCCGACUGCAGCUGGAAGCAGAUCGCAGAGCCGGUGAUGUCCCUCUACAGGGAGACGACGGACGGUUCAACCAUCGAGGACAGGGAGACGAUGCUCGUCUGGAACUACGAGGACGCAGACCCGGACUUCGGCUCAUGUCAGGCCAAGGAGCUCGUCGACCACCUCGAGAGCGUGCUUUCGAACGAGCCUGUCUCAGUGAAGACUACCACUCACUCUGUCGUCGUGAAACCGCAGGGCGUGAGCAAGGGGUUGGUGGCGCGGCGCAUGCUGGCGUCGCUGCAGGAGCGAGGCCAGUGCCCGGACUUCGUCCUGUGCAUCGGCGACGACCGGUCCGACGAGGACAUGUUCCAGCUCAUCACCUCCGCCGCCUGUGGGGACUCGCUGGCGUCCAGCGCAGAGGUCUUCGCGUGCACCGUGGGGCGCAAGCCCAGCAAGGCCAAGUACUACCUCGACGACGCGGCCGAGGUGGUGAGGCUGAUGCAGGGGCUGGCGUACGUCUCGGAGGAGCGGGCCCUGGCGAACCCAGCGGAGGACGAGGAGUCGCAGGAGCUGUGGGAGUGUUAGCGUCCUGCAGUAGUUUGGGAAUGGCAUUGCAGGGCAUAAUAUUGUGUUUGCCCAGUUGGAGCUUUCGCGUAGUUAUAGGUCUAAGUGAGCUAUGAUUUUCUGGGUAAUUUACUGUGAGUUAUUCAGUAGUCCUUAUUUGGUCGCAUGAAUUUGCUUGAAAUCCUAGAGUUAUUGUAGUUAUUGUGACGAUAAUAAUACCUGUUUCUGUGAAUGCUUUGGAAAAUGGAAAUUUGUUAGUGGUACUAAGGACA